AAGCAAGACACGUGGAGCAAAAAACACAGACCCUGCGAUGAUGCUGCCAGUGCAGCACAUUCACCAAUGACAGGAGACGCCGGUAUUUAUUAACUAACAGCUAGAAGCUGUUUUAUUACUGGCUUUAUUUUUUUUAUCAUUAAUUAUGGAUUUAAUACGGAUUCUCCCGUCUUCUGUGGAUUGUUCUAAAGGCUGGUCCUGUGGGUAGCUAAGCUAGAUAACCUAUAGAUAGAUGCAUUUUACUGGAACUAGCAUAUUAGCUAAUUAGCUAGCAUCUUAGUUUGUCAACACAAGGAGCGCUCGCGCUGCUUUUUGCCGCUCUUUAGUCGUGUUUUCUGGAGGUACGCUUGUCCUUUUAGACUGUUUAUCAGCUCUGUUGUGGUGUUCGUUCGCUUCACAUCAGUAAAUACACUGUAGAUCCGCGCGUUUCGUGCAUUUUUGGCCGAUAUUUGAAUUGUUUUGGUUGAAAGAGGCUGAGUCACGUUACUUCCUGGUUUGGCAGCGCCCCCGGCGGCGGCUGCCGGAACUGCACGGCUCUUAGUUAAAAAAAAAACUGACACGUGGAUUAUCAUCACUUAGAGAAGCAGGAAAAGCUUGAAUUUCUUCUCCAGGCUUUUAGCGCCGAAACCGAGCGGUGGCGUGUCACCUUUUCUUGCCCGGGGUUCAGGUAAAGCCUCAUAUCUGCUGGGGAGGAGAUGCUACUGCGUGAUAGGAGCUACUUUUCCAUCUUUUCGUCUUUUUGCUCCUCACGCUUCCGCGAGCUCUCCUCUCCUCUCUCUCAGACUCCGGGAAGAUAGUCCGAAAACAAACCCAGUCUUUCGGUUUGGCGUUGAAUGGCAAUUCUACAAAAACAUGGGAAGAACUCCAGUGCAGACCUGGCAAGUAUUAAAGACAGUCCAGCAGACCAUUUCGGACCGGUCGGAGCUCAGAAAAAGUGGCCAGAAGCCAGUCAGAACUGGUCCAGGCCAGUAGCUCGAGUAUGGACGGUGGUGCUUUUGCUGGGCACAUGCCUGCUGUACUGUGCUCGAGUAGCCAUGCCCAUCUGUGCGGUGAGCAUGGCAGAGCGCUUCAGCUGGUCGAAAAGAGAGUCGGGAAUGGUGCUGGGCAGCUUCUUCUGGGGCUACUGCUUCACUCAGGUCCUUGGAGGCUACGUCAGUGACAGGGUUGGAGGAGAAAAAGUGAUGUUACUGUCAGCUGCAGCUUGGGGAGCCAUGACAGCGUUCACACCAAUCCUAGCUCAUUUCUGCUCACAGCCGAUCGUCUCCAUGACCAUCUCCCGUUUUCUCAUGGGCCUCCUUCAGGGUGUGCAUUACCCAUCUUUAGCCAGCCUGUGCUCUCAGAAGGUGGUGGAGAGUGAGCGGGGCUUCCUCAUGAGUACUGUAGGAAGUGGCUCAUAUCUUGGGACGCUGGUGAUUGGAGGAGUGGGUUCGCUCAUGUUGGACAUGUAUGGCUGGGAGAGUGUGUUCUACAUCUCUGGUCUCCUCUCUGUGCUGUGGGCGUACUGCAUGUGGAAGUACUUACUCAAGGGAGAGGGGCCCAUCAUCACUCUGGAGUCUCUGGGCAGCGCUGGUACCCAGUCCAAACUGUCCCGCAGAAACUGGCUGCGCCUUUUCAGACAACCAGCUGUGUGUGCGGUCAUUGUUACACACCUGUGCACCGCGAGCACCUUCUUCACCCUGUUGUCAUGGUUGCCGACUUUCUUCAAGGACACUUUCCCUGAUUCCAAGGGUUGGGUGUUUAAUGUGAUUCCAUGGUUCGUGGCCAUUCCAUCCUCACUGUUCAGCGGCUGCCUGUCCGAUCAUCUCAUCAGUCAGGGUUUUGAUACAGCUACAGUGAGGAAACUAAUGCAGUUUUUCUCUAUGGGUGUAUCCAGUGUGUUUACUCUGUGUCUGUGUGGAACCACCACUUUCCCAAUGGCUGUGGCCUUCGUCUCUGCUACCAUGGGCCUUACCACCUUCAGCCACAGUGGGGUUUCAGUGAAUGUUCAGGAUCUUGCACCAUCCUGUGCCGGGGCCUUGUUUGGUGUGAUGAAUACCUGUGGUGCAUUUACAGGAGUAAUCAUGGUGUAUUUAUCGGGCUACCUGAUCGAGGCCACCAACUCGUGGGCGUCUGUUUUUGCCCUCAUCAGCGUGGUGAACCUUCUGGGUCUGGGAACGUUCCUGGCCUUCGCCGAGGCGCGCAGGGUGGACAUCGAUGCCACAAAAGGCCGCUACCACAACAUCCACAUCUGAACCCUGAUGGCACAACCUAGAACUACCACAGAACUUCACAAUUAAAGAACCUAUUCUACAGAUGAGGACGCUAAAGAUCUGUAGGAACGUCUGUGGAAGUGAGACAGACAAUCUGGCCAUCACAGUUUGCAGGGGGUCUGGCCACACUGGCCUGUGAGAUUGCUACAGGGUGUUUAAACCCAUCAGUAUUAACCUUUCAUUUUCUACCACUGUGGUGAGUAGGUGGCAGUUAUAAUGGGACCAGCUGAAGAAAGUGUUGAGGUUGUUGGCAAUUGCAGGAAAGUGAGGUCGGAAGGCCAGCACAUACAGAAGGCCAAAGAUUAAGAUAUAUCAUGACUGUACUUUAAGACAGUAUAGUGUACGGAUGCAAUCUGAUUUCUAUUUUCCAAAAAACGUUCAUCAUAUUCAUUGUUUUAUUUUGUUUGUUUGUUGAGAAUAAUCUUCAUCUCAAAUCGUCAUCUCAAAGCCAAGUUCCAAUUUUGCCUCUACACCACCCCAACUAUUUUUUUAUUUUUUAAUGGUCCUAAUUUAAAUCACAUGUUUGUUUUUCCUGGUGUAGAGGCAACCCUGAGGUUACAGUCUGCUGUAAAGGAACCAGUAGACUUACUGUUGUUCUGGUCAGCUAAUAAGAGAAGCAGUAGUAAGUAUUGGGUGGAAGAUGACCUGUUGAUGACUUCAAAGUUACUGUGUUUCCUUUUCUUUUCUUUUUCCUUCUUUUUUUUGUAUUUAUUCUUUAUGGGAAAUUCCACUGAUUUUUCUAUUUCAGUUUCUGCAUAGUUAAAAGGCUCAGCAGUACACUCUGCUAUUUGGAGUCAUUUGAUGUCAAAUGUUCAGUUCUGUAGUGUCAAAUGCUCCAAAAGCCCUUUCUCAGAAAGCUACAUACAGAAAGUAAAUAUACACGGUCAUGCCGAAUGUCAUGGGACAGAAACUACAGCUCGGGAAAAAAUUAAGGAACCACUUCAGUUUCUGAAUCAGUUUCCUCUAAAUUUUGCUAUUUAUAGGAAUGUUUUUGAGUAAAAUGAACACUUUUGUUUUAUUCUAUAAACUACAGACAAUAAAAAUAUUGUCAUUUAGAACAUUUAUUUGCAGAAAAUUUGAAAAGGCUUAGAAAUGGCUCAUUUAAACCUAUAAUUUACAGUACCAUGCAAACAUAUCUAUAGCCUUAUCCACAAGAUAACACCUCACAACUUUUCACCAUUAGUAUAGCUGCUGUUCUCUUUUUUUCUAUUGACUUUUUCUGAAAAGAUUUUGGCCUAAAACAGCAGUAAAUGAAGUCUUUGGUACAUAUCAUCCCCACUGCUAUAAACAAAUUGUAUUUAAGUGAGUUUCUCUACAACUGACUAUCGGUAUUUCAUAUUUCUAUAUACACCACACUGAACAGUAAGAUUAUGCAGAAAUGUAGAAACAUCAGUGAAUUUCCCUUUUCUUUAAGUUACUGUUCAAGUUCUGUUUAAUGUUUACUGAUUGCUGAUAGAGAGUCUCAGAACUGAGGCUUGUUUGGAAUGAAGAACUGUGAAUAUGUCAGUGAUGAGCUUUUGUUAUGGGUCCGAUACAGAUACAAGACCAAAUAUAUUUAGAUUAUUUUCCUGUCCUUUAUAUUUAUUACCUUUGUUUAGCCAAGUUUAUCCAUGUUUGUGUCAAAGAAAUCUCAAAGCUCAUCUACAUCAAAAGUGUCUGAUAAUCAGGAAUCUGAUUCUCAUUUUUUUUUUAUUUAUUGAACUCUUCAAGGCCAGUAGUGAAAGAUGUCGGCAACAUUUUUGUACUUUGUUUUCGCAGAUGUUCAUGUUCUUAUGAGGCCAAAGAGGCGAAGCAUUUUUGCUUAGCUUAUAGAUGAGAUGAGGAAGCAGAGCGUGUCUGAAUCAUUCCUGUGGAGAGUUAUGCAAGGGGUCAGUAACCCGUCUUCUUAGUUAAACGCUAUAGUCUAGAAAAGCAUUGCCGUUGUCCUGUCACACAGCUCAUGCGUGUCAAAAUACGCUAAUAUUAUUGAGUGAGUUUACAUGCACUUCAUAGUUUGAAUAUAAUUGUAUUACUGCUCAGAGUAAGGUUUAGAAAUCUGAUCAAGAAAUGGGUUUGUAGCUCAGCAAUCAUAUUUCUUAGUUCAUGCAAAGAGAACUCUGGUGUAAAAUUGACUUUUGUUACAGUAAAACAUAAUAAAGUGCACAAGAAGCUUAUAAAAAACACUGUUUGCAACCCGUAGCAUAGCCUAAGCUCCAGGUGCCACCAUCACUGUACUGAUUAUGACUUUGCUUUAAUAUGGCGGUGCCUGGAGAUGUAGGUUACGCUACAGGUUGUGAACAUGUUUUUUAAUAAGCUUCUUGUGCACUUUUAAAGUUUUUAACGCCUCAUUUAAAAUAUCUGGGCUUUCCAGAUUCUACCAAUGAAUGUGGAGCAACUUUAAACCUGGAUAACAGUGUAAAAAGCAAUUUAUCUACAGGGGCAAGUGGAUGCCCUGAAGCGCCCAUUAUACAGAGUGCAGGGCACAAAAAAAGCACAAAAUUACUGGAUCUCUGAAAAGUGUGGAAGAGUGGAGGUGGGCUAUUCAACAAAGGUUAGUAUUCUUUAUCAUGUUUUACUACAACAAAAGUCAAUUUUACACCAGAGUUCUCCUUUAAUCUUGAGUUAUCGUACUUCUCAGAUUGUGCAUGCACGAAAACAGACCCUGGACAGACCCUAUAUCUUCGUUUUGUGGCUCAAAGAGUUAAAAAGUUGGAGUUUAUUGGUUGGUUUACUACAGCAAAAGUCUGAUAAUUGAUCUACUCAUGUAAACUCUUGAGUUUUCCCAUUGUCUGAUUUACAAAAUAUAUGUAAACACAUUGAUCAGAUUAUGUAAAUCUCCAAUGUUCUGCAGUAAUUAGAUUAUGAAGUGGAUGUAAACGCACUCUCGCUGACCCCCUCCAUCCCCUUAGCUUGCUUAAGUGCUAAUAAUGAUGGUCUGAGGUCCAGAAAAGAAACUUGAAUUCUGCAUAAAAUACUGUGCAUCACUAGUGGACGCCAUUAUAAGAUUAAUUAUACACAAAUGCAGUCUUCUAGUUAGUUUUCUACAUAGAUUAGACAUGAUUGUGUGUAAUAUAUUUCUAUAUAAAUAUAUAGAUAUUAUAUACCUAUGCCUAGUGAUCUAUGUAUCUUAUAGUUAAAUAAUUUAUAUUGCUGAAAUAUUUCCAGCAAUAUUACAAAGUGCUUGUGCGGCUCAAGAACUGACUUGCACAGGUAUUAGGUUUCCUUCCUCACCUCGUCUCGCACAAAAGGACAAUUUUUUUGUCUCGCUCCAUAUCCCUCUCCAUAUCUGCCUUCUAGCUUGGCUGUGGGUUUCUGCCAUUUCACAUGUUCCAACACCUGCUGUUACUCCUUUCACAUAACCGUUUGCAGUAGAUCUACUUCUAAUAUUACUCUUCACUAAAUAAUAAUCAGUAGUAUGUGAGUUAUGUAACUGCCAGGUAAGAGGGUCCUUCCCUGCAGCAAUGAGGAAUUGCAAUUAUAGCAGAAAUAAUCAGACAUGACCUCCUAAUUCACAGUCGUAUUCAGAAAGAAACCCGAAUGUAAAAUGAAUCAGCAGAGUAAUGAACUGUUACACCAUCCUGAUUAUACUAGUGCAGGCCUCGGAAACCUGUACUGAUGAUAUUCUUAUUCUUUAAAAGAAAAAAAGAAAAAACAUGUAUGAUUUGUCAAAGAAAGGAACGGUAAAUGCAGUAUUCUCCUGCUUAAAACAUGAUAUUUGUAAACAUAUUUUGUUGAAGAAUAAAAAUUAUAUUUUAUCAAG